AUGGUGAGAGAAGUGAAAAAUGAAGUAUAUUGUGGAAAUACUUUGUGCUGGAAAUGCUUUCAUGGUUCGUUUUGUCCCCUCCCAGAGGAUUUAACCAUCAAUAAAAUCAUUUUCCUCUUAUCAAGGCUGGAAAGGAAGAAAACAGCUGCAGUGUUAGCGGCUAGUGGACCUAGAGGUUAUAUUGCAUUCUGGAAUAUAUAUGGCCGAGGGAGCCUUUUUGCUUAUUUCUCUAGUUCCAAAGAGAGAUCCACAGUCAGUGACAUGGCAGUUGAUGACAAGGACUUCCUCUUGUGUGCAGGAGACCAACUGGGCUUUCUCUAUAUCUGGAACAUUGCAGAAUAUGCCAUUAAUGGCCCAGAAGCCAAGCCACCAGUUUUACUUCACAGCUGGAAUACUCACAAUGGCAGCAUAACCAGGUAA